UCAAUAAAACUCUAUUUGUUGGUAAAUAAGAAACUUAUAAUAUGUGGUCUACCUGUUCAGAAUUUUUUUUUUUUAGGUUGCAUCUGUCCAAAACUAUGGAGCAUUUAUUAGAAUACCAGGAAAUAAGCAACAGGGUCUUGUACAUCGCACACAGUUGUCUAGAGUCCCUGUAGAUGAUGCUACAGAUGUUUUAUCGAAAGGUGAUAAAAUAUGGGCUAAAAUUAUUGGAACAGAUGACGGAAAGAUUUCUCUUUCUAUGAAACUUGUAGAUCAAGGUAGUGGAAGAGAUUUAGAUCCCAAUGGAGUACAAAUGUUUCAAGAUGAACAAAGAAGAAAGAUUCAACCCAAUUCCAAGGGCAAAAGAACAAUUCAAUUAGAUGCAGUUUAUAACACAAAGUGUGUGAGAUGUGGAACUGGUGGACAUUUAGCUAARGAUUGUUUUAAAGGUACAUCUGGAAAAAUAUAUGAUCUUUUGCCAGAAGAUGAUGAGACUGAGGUACUACAUAAAGCACCUAUCAAAUCAGAAAAGUCUGAAGAAAUGAACAUUUUAUCAACCAAUGAAAAAAACAAGAAAAAGAAAAAAAAGAAAAAAUCUAGUGAAUCAAAGAAAAAAAAGAAAAGAAAAAGACAUUUAUCAACUUCUUCCUCAAAUAGUUCCGGUUCUGAUGAAAUUUCAAAAAGAAAAUCAAAGAAACACAAAAAAAAGAAAAAAAAUGAAUGAAAAACUUUUUAUACUACAGAUUUCAA